CGAAUAUCCAUCUCACAUUCUCACACCAAAAUUUUCUACAGACAGAGCUUCUUUCUCCUAGCAAGCAGAGCUCGACGGCAGCAACCACACCGUUGAAUUGAAGAAGGAAAAGGAAAAAAAUGCAAGCAGGAUCUUCAGGCGUCGGCUAUGGUCUAAAGUACCAGGCAAGGUGCAUAUCGGACGUUAAAGCGGAUACCGAUCACACAAGCUUCCUCGCCGGCACUCUCAGCCUCAGAGAAGAAAACGAGGUUCACUUGAUUAGGUUAUCUGCCGAUGGAACUGAGCUCAUUUGCGAGGGCUUAUUCUCUCAUCCUAAUGAGAUCUGGGACCUCCGCUCUUGUCCGUUUGAUCAGCGCAUCUUCACAACGGUCUAUUCAACUGGUGAGUCGUAUGGAGCGGCGGUUUGGCAGAUCCCGGAGCUGUAUGGCCAGCUGAAUUCGCCUCAGUUGGAAAGAGUUGCUUUGCUCGAUGCUCAUGUUAGCAAGAUUAAGUGUGUUUUGUGGUGGCCAUCUGGAAGAAAUGACAAGUUGGUCAGCAUUGAUGAGGAAAACCUGUUCCUAUGGAGCUUAGACUCCUCGAAAAAGGCCGCCCAGGUGCAAUCUAAGGAGUCUGCUGGUACGAUGCACUAUUUAUCUGGUGGCGCCUGGGAUCCCCAUGAUGUGAACUCUAUUGCAGCAACUUGUGAAUCUUCAGUCCAGUUUUGGGAUCUACGAACAAUGACGAAGACGAGUUCCAUUGAUGUCUCCCAUGUCCGCACUAUUGAUUAUGACACCAAGAAGGAUCACAUACUUGUUACUGCAGAGGAUGAAACUGGGAUUCACAUUUGGGAUCUUAGGAAAACAAAGGUUCCCAUCAGAGAGCUACCCGGACACACUCACUGGACUUGGGCUGUGGCAUGCAACCCUGAGUAUGAUGGGCUGAUUCUGAGUGGUGGCACUGACUCUGCUGUUAACUUGUGGUUGGCUCCAACAGGAUCUCGUGAUGAGAUAACUUCUGAUAGUGGGCAGAACUCAUUAACUUUGAAGGUGGAUCCAUUGGUGAACUCUUACACCGAUUAUGAAGACAGUGUUUAUGGGCUCGCGUGGAGUUCUCGCGAACCUUGGAUUUUUGCAUCUCUAUCAUAUGAUGGGAGGGUGGUUGUGGAAUCAGUAAAGCCAUAUCUCUCGAGAAAGUAAGUUCCUGCACGGUCCGAAUCAUCGUUCUUUCACCAUCAAUUGAUGCCAAUUUGUGAGCAACCAGAUUGAAGGCACUACUGGCCUGUUGCCGAGUUUGGUUCAGCUUGCACAACUGUAGUCAAGUCUGGCUCAUCUUGGAACCGAAUUUGUGAUCUCAAGAUCCCAGGAGACGUGCAUUUGGUUGUGCUUUUCUGCUUCGAACGUCUCUCAAUGUGAUAUUUGGUGUUGCCAUCGUCAUGUUACUUCUCCAAUCAGCAAUUUCAGCGCAGUUAAACUGUUUGUGCUUUUGUUAGUUUCUGCUAUGUUUCUCCUCUCUCUCUCUCUCUCCCAUAACUUACUAAAUCAAAAUCGGACGUCUUAAAAAGUUUUGCUGGUUUCUCAUUGUUCACACAAGGAAUUUGAAAUGUUGUUUGAAUCAAAUCGGAUUGGGUAGAUCGUGAUAUGGAUGAAGAUGGAACAGAAUUGCAGGUCUUAACCGAAUUGACGCGCAUAUGCAAAGAGCAUGUUUGAAAACAGGUAGGGCAGACACAAAGACGCACAUGUUUGGAUAAUGCCCAAGUACUACUUGUGAGGUAAACCAAUCGUGUCAAAAAUAGUGUAACAGGUCACGGGUGAUUUUAGCAAAUUCCACACCCCAACAAUGGCAUUAUUAUGCAGUUCAUAUGCUGCUCUCUUUACACACCGUAAUUGGGCUCAUGGGGGAUCUUUUGUCUUGGUUGUGCUCGGGACUAAACGUGGACCAUGAAUAGCAAACUCGACCUCACAAUCCUGGAAAGCAGUCUAGUUAUUCUGCUAAUUUGAAGAUUCGUUAGUAUAUACUAAUUAAUAUUCAAAAUGUAUGAACUAAUAUCCAAAUCUGUUGAGUAUCUAGAUAACACAGACUAAUAUUCAAAACAUAAUAAACUAGUAUCCAAAUAGUAGAUACCAACUAAUAUCCACAAUCAACCAACUAGUAUUUACUAUGAAUGCUUUUAUGUGUUAUUUGGAUACUCUUAUGUGUUAUAUGUAUACUAAUUAUGUGUUGUAUGGAUACUAGUCUAUGUUGUCUAGAUAUUAGUUUGUGAAUUUGGGAUAAUAGUUGAUUCAUGGUGGAUAUCAGUUAACAAAUUUUGAAUACUAGUAUGUGCUCUCUAGACACUUUAGUAUUUAGAUACUAGUUCAUGUAUUUUGGAUAUCAGUUAGUAUCUUCUAACGAAUCUUCAAGUUAGCAGAUUAACUUUCCCCUCCUGGAGGUACCACUCUGACCAUCCAUACAGAAAAGGGGGAUAAAAACGUAAAUUGAUACAGCCCUGAAAUGAAAACUCAUGGCUGCCAUUAAACCUUCUUUUCACUGAAAGCUACUGCUCCAAAAUGUGACGUUAAGCCUAUCCGGAAAAGAACAUCUUUUCACUUGCACAAGGUUUCCUCGUCCAACUGACAAUACCGAACCAACAACCGCUUGUGUCCCUGUCGUGCUCCACUUCUCAAAAAGUCGGUGCCUGCUGACGUGGCCGCCUGUGGCACCAAGUAUACGCCAUUUGCCCUCGCCUGAUACAAUGACACGCAAGGCAUUGCCCCCCUUUUCUCGCCUUAUCCACUAAAUAUAUUGGGAGCUCAUCUUCAACAGGUGUCACGCCAUGUCAUCAUUGGCGAGAUGUCGUGGAAUAAGUGAAGAGUGGAAUUUCUCAGUUUUUGAGUUGAGGUUUUGCGGUUUUGGAUAAGGUUACUUGACAGUGGCUUGGAAAUAGAGUGACAGCAGCACGAUAUCUGCUUUCUGGUUGUGGAUGGAAAUUGGUAACUAAAACUGACUUGGGGUCUUCUUCACGCAUGGGAAAUGGGAUGAGGUAGGAAUGAUUUGAUUUUCAUUGGGUUAGACUAUCGAUAUUCCUACUGGUUUUGAAUUUGAAUUAGAUCUAAUUUGGUCAAUUCAUUUGGGUCUGAUUCAAAAUUAAUAUAAUUGGAUACAGAUA